AUGGAGGGAAGAAAGACAGUAUUGAUCACGGGCUGCAGCCCAGGUGGUAUAGGUUACGCCUUGGCUACGCAAUUCCAGUCCAAAGGCCUCCAUGUCUUUGCUACAGCUCGCAACGAAAAAGCAGUUACAGACCUCAAGGCUUUAGGCGUCGAAGCCUUGCAGUUAGAAGUCACUUCUCCCGAAAGCGUUGCAGAAGUCAAGCGGCAUAUCUCCGAACGGACCAAUGGUUCCUUGGACUAUCUGGUCAAUAAUGCUGGACGCAAUUAUACUAUUCCAGCUCUGGACGUCGAUCUCUCUGAGGUCCAAGCCACGUUCGAGACCAAUGUUUUCUCCGUGAUGCGGAUGUGCCAGGCUUUCGCUCCUCUCCUCAUCCAAGCAAAGGGCACCAUAGUCCAGAUUGGUAGCGUCGCCGCAGUAAUUCCCUACGUCUUCGGCUCUGCAUACAACGCAUCCAAAGCAGCUCUUCACGCCUACAGCGACACUCUCCGCGUUGAGCUCGCGCCUUUCGAUGUCAAUGUGAUGGUGGUGGUGACGGGUGGUGUCAAAAGCAACAUUGCCAGCAUUCGUCGAGAGCUGCCAGAAGGUUCCCUAUACCACCCGCUCAAGAUUGAAUAUGAGAGAAGACAAAAACAUUCGCAGGAGGGGGCUACUGAAAGUACAGUAUAUGCGGAGGGUGUGGUGAGGGCAGCGCUGGGCUCCAAGCCUGCACGAUCACUGUGGAGAGGACACCAGGCAUGGAGCGUCUGGCUGCUCCUCACGUUGAUGCCGAGAAUGUUCUGGGACUACUAUUUUACUAGAGUGUUUAAUUUGACCAAGCUUGGCUACUUUGUCAAAGCACAGAGAAAGAAAUUGUGA